UGGGUUUGCUCUUCGGGUGCUACUGCGGGUGUCACGAGCGAUUUUCCCCGACAACUGCGCGUGAUCGCCUUUGUGCUUAUGCUACGAACGCACACUCGGUACGCUGGAACUUGGGGCGCACCCGGCAGCACCUAGGUACGGGCCGGGUGCGAUGCUGCCCCUGCGGCCGAUAAGAUACGCGGGGGAGUCCGUCCACUUGAUCGACGGGACGUUCCUCCGUUCUGCCAGAGCGGUCCGCAACGGCGGCCAGAGAGGACGCCGCGAGAUCCAUCCAAGCACCGGCAUGAAAGCAGUGAUCGCGACCGUUUGGGCCAUUCUGGCCCAGCUAUAUUCCAACGGAUGUGACCUUCUCUUCAAUGCAGGUGCGGGUUACCUGUUCCGGUACCUGGUGGCCGUGGGUAGCCUCUCGUACUCCUUGGCCCGGCGUGGCCGUCGGUUCCUCCCCGCGGACCCCAGCGAGGGCGAUGACCCCGUCCACAUCAACGCCGUCUGCUCCCCGCUGGAGUGGGAGAUGGAACGUCCCCGACCUUCGUCCGAGCUUGGCCAAGCUCAAGACAGGCUGUUCUUUUACGGAUGCAACGCGGCCGGCCAGAGGAUGGUGGUCUGCUUCUCGAGGUUCAAGAACCAGGUGGCCGAGCUGUGGCUUUGCCUGUACACGGCGGACGGCUGUACCUACAGCCUGCCGUGCACCUUCACGCUGGACCGGAGCGACGGAAACACGUUCACGGCCCUGGGCCUGCGCCUGGAAUGCCUGGCUGCCAACCGGAGGUGGCGUCUUGCCUUCAACGGCACGCUCAGGAAAUCUAUUCCAGGGGACAGCGAUAAAGCGGAUGCCACGGAGGCGCACGUCAAAUUCGGAUUCAUUUGGUCAACCGUGUCUCACACGCUGGAGCAUCCGGUGGAACUGAGCUGCGCUCUGCUCGCUGAAAGUUUUGCCAAACUGCCGACGCCGGAGAUGCUCGCUCAAAUAGACAGCUUCCUGCUCGAGACCGACUCCUACGACCAAGGUGGCAUGAUGAGUGGAGAGGUCACGCUAGAGGGCAGCUCCGCCGAAUGGAACCUCUGGGGCUCCAAAGUCAGAACUAGAGGUGCAAUUGUCGAGGACACGAGGGCGGAGGACCAUCAUUUCGGAUUCCUCGAGAACGGCAACAUCUACCACGUGGUGCACACGGACAAAUAUGGAGGCGCAGAAGGGCUGUACUACGGAAGUCUGUACGCCCCUGAGAUGAGAAUGCUGCCAAUCGACUACGGACUGAUUAGGACGCAGGACCUUAUAUCUGGAAGUUUCCUCAGGAUGUACAUCGGAUCCGGUUCGAUUCAACUGUCAAUCCACGCGCGGCACAAGUCGGCGGCGCUCACCUUCGGAAACGAGGAAAGCGCGUGCGAGGUUCAAGUGGCGGCUGCGGACCUGGAGUGCGACCAAAUGCACGGAAAGGGAUUCACCGUUCGCGUUCAAAGGAAAGGACCGACAACGUACCGCAUCGCGGAGCACUUUAAGCACAAAGGCGUUCGAGAGCGUCCUUGGACGGACACGGAUCCUUUGGUGGCCCACAUCGGGCAAGCUUGCUGCAAAUCAUCCGAUUUAACGGGAGGAAAAGGCUCAUCACUCGCAGUCCUUCACUCGAUCGCUGAGCAGUUCAAGACGUUUACUGUGCCAGAUGCAUUUGUGGUGACGACAAGCUCGUACAAGAUCUUCUCGCUUGGAGGAGAAUUCCAGCGCCUCGUGCAGCAGAUAAAGAGGUGCGGCCUAAGAGGGGAUGCCCAGGCAGUUCUGAAGGAAACGUGCAACAGCGUCGUGUCAGCCAUGGAAAAACUUCAGCUCCCAGACUUGGUGGAGAAAGAAAUUGUUCGCUGUAUGACGAAGUACGGUUAUGACUUGGGUGGCAAGAGAUUCGCCGUUCGAUCGUCAGCCAUCGGUGAAGAUUCCGAAGACAUGUCAGCAGCUGGCCAGAUGACAACCUUCUUGGGCGUGCGGAGCUUGAGCAAGGUCCUGGAGUGUGUCGUGAAGUGCUGGGCUUCUCAAUUCAGUUUUACGAGCAUAAACUACAAAAGGCAGUAUGGACAAGCGAUGGAGUCACCAAUGGCUGUGGUCAUUCAGGAAAUGGUGAAUGCUGAAGUCGCUGGAGUCAUGUUCACCUGCGAUCCGCUCACCGGGAACCCGGCCUACAUCACCGUCACGGCUAACUACGGCCUUGGGGAGUCCGUUGUGUCGGCGUCCGCAGAGCCAGACACGUAUGUCCUGAAAAGGACACCAGGCAUGCGACCUGUGCUAGAGUCUGUGCAAGUGGGACACAAGUCUCUGUACACGACGCAGUCAGAAUCCGACGGCGUGGUAAUGCUGCCCGUGACCGAAGAUAAGACGAAAGAGAAAUGUCUGGAGGACGACCAAGUGGAAAACCUCGUCUUCGUAGGCACCCAGAUUGAGAAAUGCCACACAACGCCGCAAGACAUCGAGUGGGCGCUGUGCGGAGGCAAGAUAUACAUGCUUCAGUGCCGUCCAGUGACAACGUUCUUCAGAGAAUCGGACUGCGAGCUGAUUCACGAAUUGGACACGGGCCUCAAAUCUGAGAAGGAAGCGUUUACAAAAGCCAACAUAUGCGAGGUUCUUCCCGGGGCGACAUCCCCUCUGAGCCUGUCGGUGAUUCGCCUCUGUUUCGACACGUACUGCCGGGAUCUGCACAGAGGAAUGUCAGCGAUGUACCCCCAUGACCCUUCGUUUUACAUGCCGGUCUGGAUGCCCAUUCACCGGUACAACUACUUUCUCUGGCUUUCAGACGGCCAGAUGAAUCUCCGAUCGGACGCCAACGUCCUGGAAAAAAGUAUGAUGUACAACACGUUAGGACGAGAUAUCGCGGGAGAAAUUAUGGAAAACGGCUGCGUAGAACGCCAGAAAAAAACGAACAUAUGGAAGCUUCCCCAGCAGAUGUACUACCUGCUCAAGAUGCUCUUCACCACGAAUAAGCGGUUGAAACGAAUUUCGGCGGCGACUCGGGACCUUCACCUGUCCGUGGAUGGAAUGUUGUCUGCCUCCCAGAUGUACACCUACCUGAGCAACAGCCUCCAUCACCUUCGGGAGCCGAGCGGCGUCCUCGUCUCCGCGUUUGCCAGCUCCUCCAUGUACAACCUCAUCCUCCAAAGGAUACUGGCGGCUGCCAGCGGCGAUCUCACGCCCCAAGUGUUUGCUGAAUUCUCCAAGAUGCUUAUAGGAGGGGACGUAGAGAGUGCUGAAGUACCAAGAAGCAUUCAGGAACUGGGAACCCUCCUGGCGGCAUCUACAGACAAGGAGAACUUCCUCAGCAUGUCCAUUGAGGAAGCGUGCGAAUGGCUGAUGACCGUGGAAAAUCUGUGCGGGGAGAAGUUCCGCGACUUCCUGCACAAGCACGGGCAUCGAAACGUCAAAGAGUUUGACCUGUACACAAAGCCGUGGUGCAUGGACCCUUCCUCUCUGGUCAAAUCUCUGAGGGCCGCGGCGAUGGCUCCGAAAUCCGCGACCCAGAAGGAAGCACCCGCGUGGGACCUCAGCGACCUUCCCUACAAACUGACAUUUGUCCAAAAGCUCCUGCUCAAGUUCCUGAUCCCUCGGGCGCGACUCGCGGUUGCUGCCCGCGAAACGUCCAAGUCCGGUCUGGUCCGAACCAUCCACAAGCUGCGGACGGUGUGCAUCCGCCUGGCGGACCAGAUGGUGCUCGAAGGUCGCAUCCCGACGCCCGACCUGCUCUACUUCCUCACCUUCGAGGAGAUCGGCAUCCUUCUCAAGACGAGGUCGCCCAGCCUCGUGCUCAAAGCUCAACGGAGGCUACGGCUUCAUCCCGAGCUGGACAAAGUCAAGUACCCCAGCCUUUUCGUGGGCGUACCCAAGCCGAUUAUGACCGCCGCCAAACGCAUCGAAGGGGACUUUGAAAUGAAAGGUAACCCGAUGUCUCAAGGUGUCGCAGAAGGCUACGCACGGGUAGUACCGACCUUCGAAGAGGCUCACCUGAUUCGCAAAGGAGACAUUCUUGUGACGACUGCCACCGACACUGGAUGGACGCCGUAUUUCCCUCUUCUGUCCGGCGUGAUCACGGAGAUGGGCGGACCUCUUUCACACGGCGCCGUUGUGGCUCGAGAGUACGGCCUGCCCUGUGUCGUGGGAGCGGACGGGAUCACAUCGAUGCUCAGGACCGGCGACUACAUCCUUUUGGACGGGAACACUGGCAUACUCAGAAAACUGGCCCAGCCUGCAGACGAAGAUCCCUGACGAAGUUCGUCGCCACUUUACAUUGAUUUAACAUGGGCGCCAUUAACUGCGGGAGCUAUAGAGAACACCACGACGGCAUUGGGAAAAUUCACCUCCCUCCCCUAACACACACACACACACUUCAUUGUAAGAUGUGCCUGUUUCUGACCUUUCUAGGGGCAUUGAUUUGGCGGCUGUGACCGAUAAGGUUAGACCGGAAGUGAGUGCAGUUACCCUCUAGUUUUUUGAGAAUGCCUACCUUGGAAAUACUUUCGUCACCGAAAAACAUCGUGUUCUCGAACUUCUGUUUUCCGCGUUUUCAUGUUCUCAGUGGGCGUGAUGCAUCCGUUAAAGGUGCCCUGAAGAGGUUUUUGAGAUCGCGUAAAUAUGACUUUAACUGACUCUGCUGACUCUAAGCAUCCUAGAAAUCCAUAUAUCAUCACGAUACGCGACCGAUUUCCCUAUUAAAGAAAAGCAAUUAAAGAUCGCAACACACCGAGAUCAUCUCCGCCGAUGGGAGAAGCAUGUUCUGAAACCAGGGCCACUGUCAGCCAAUAGCAAGCGAAGAAUCCUCGCACAGUCGACCAAUGGAGUCACGGAGUGAUAUCUCGUAUGCGCGCGGUUCGUUGCCCAUACAUCCCGGACUACUACACAACCCCGAGAGCUAACAACCGAACACAUCAAAGACGAAAAAAAAAAAGAGUGCUUUGUUUUUAAUACUGUAUUACAGCAUUAUGUUCCCUCUACCGUGAAAGUUUUUUUUUACUACUCUUAUUUGUUUUUAUUAUUUUUACAAAUGUACACAUUUUGUAUUAACAGCGUUUGCAAUCUCAACAAAAAGUCGCGCUCUCAUUAUUUAGAUGUCGUCUUCGCUGCCAAAACAACACCCCUACAACCGUCGCAGAUGGUCUGGGUGUGUUCGAUAUUUGAUGGCUUUUUUAAAUGAAAUCGGGCGAGCAUUGCCUUUAAGUGUCUGUGAGGUUUGCAUGAUUUUCCUUACAAUUCAUUACCCUUCCAGGAAACGCGCCAUUAUAAAAAGUUAAUAUAUUAUAAUGAUCAUCGCGUCUUUCUGAAUUUCAUAUUUUUUUAUUUACUCUGAGGCACCGGCCAUCCGGGAUUCACGUUUGAAUGGAGUAUUCUCGUAAUCUAAACGCUCAAACACGGGGAAAUAAAGUCACUGACAAGACGUGCAAAAUGUUGUUUUAUACUCGAAAAUACGGUAUAAAUAGCAAUAAAGAUACUUUUUUUAUACUUCUCU